AUGGCGAGAGGUCAGGCAAAGCGGCUUCUUUCCCUGUAUUCCUGUAGAAAUAGCACCAUUUAUUUGGGUAGGAACUUAAUUCCUAGUCGGAAGCUCCAUCUCCGCCCCAAUUCCCCGCAAGUCUCGGCACAACCGUGGCCGCCGGUACCCAUCUUCACACAGUUCAUGAAAUUCGGGGCAUUUCCAGAUUCUUACCGACAUUGGUUCUGCACCCUGUCGGGAAAUGAAAACGCGGUCCUAGAUUCAGAGGAAAGUGUUCAACCAGAAGAGGAAUAUGGCAAAUCGGGCGAGGAAGGAAGAAUACCCGGGUCCGAAACUGAAAUUGCUGGGCAGGAAGAUCAAAGUCUGGAUUUUUCCAGUAGGGAUCCGGUACAGAUAUAUCAAGAUCUUAAGGACACCCUUCACUGCCAAAAGAAAUCUGGUGCAGAUUCGGAUGCUUUGACUGAGAUUUUGAGCGUUUUUUCCAAGUCCAGUUGGGCUACAAACCAGGCCCUUGCCAUUUAUAUCAGCGCCUCAUUUUUUCCGUCAGCGGCCGGUAAAUUCGGCGGUUUUUUCGUGAAGAGGUCCAGCAACGAUCUGGUUAAGUACUUGGUGUCCCUGUGUCCCGGAGACAAGGCCGACAGGUUUCUGUUCCCGAUUUUCGUUGAAUUUUGCCUGGAGCAAUUUCCGGAUGAGAUCACAAGGUUCCGAAAAAUGGUGGAGUCGGCCGACAUGACCCGGCCCCACACUUGGUUCCCUUUCGCCAGGGCCAUGAAACGUAAGAUCGUCUAUCACUGUGGGCCCACCAACAGCGGGAAGACGUACAAUGCGCUGCAGAGAUUUAUGGAGGCUAAGAAAGGCGUUUACUGCAGCCCUCUUAGGUUGUUAGCCAUGGAGGUUUUUGACAAGGUGAAUGCUUUGGGAGUUUACUGUAGCCUUCUCACCGGCCAGGAGAAGAAGGACUUCCCGUUCUCGAACCAUGUUGCUUGCACAGUUGAGAUGGUCUCGACCGAUGAAUUGUAUGAUGUUGCAGUUAUUGAUGAGAUCCAAAUGAUGGCUGAUUCUUGCCGGGGCUAUGCGUGGACGCGGGCGUUGCUCGGGCUUAAAGCCGACGAGAUCCAUUUGUGUGGGGACCCAAGUGUUCUGAAUGUGGUGAGGCAAAUUUGUUCGGACACGGGGGACGAACUCGUGGAACAGCACUAUGAGAGAUUCAAGCCUCUCGUGGUCGAGGCAAAAACUCUCUUGGGGGACUUGAAGAACGUGAAAUCGGGAGAUUGUAUUGUUGCUUUCUCGAGGAGGGAAAUAUUUGAGGUUAAAUUGGCGAUCGAAAAAUACACAAAGCACCGUUGUUGUGUCAUAUAUGGGGCUCUGCCACCAGAGACCCGUCGGCAGCAGGCUUCCCUUUUUAACAAUCAGGGUAAUGAGUUUGAUGUGUUGGUUGCCAGUGAUGCUGUGGGUAUGGGUUUGAAUUUGAAUAUCCGGAGGAUUGUAUUCUAUAACCUGUCAAAGUAUAAUGGUGAUAAAAUGGUGUGUGUGCCGGCUUCUCAAGUCAAACAGAUAGCCGGAAGGGCAGGCCGUAGGGGGAGCCGAUAUCCAGAUGGGUUAGCCACAACGUUGCAACUGGAUGAUUUGGACUAUUUAAUUGAGUGCCUGAAAAAGCCCUUUGAAGACGUCAAGAAAGUGGGCCUCUUUCCAUUUUAUGAGCAGGUUGAGCUAUUCGCAGGCCAGCUCCCGGAUAUGAAGUUCUCCAAGCUUCUCGAGGAUUUCUCCGAGAAAUGCCGGCUUGAUGGGUCCUACUUCCUCUGCCAGCACAUGCACAUAAGGAAAAUAGCUAAUAUGUUGGAUAAGAUUAAAGGGUUGUCUUUGGAAGACCGUUUUAACUUUUGCUUUGCACCGGUGAAUAUUCGGGACCCGAAAGCAAUGUACCAUCUCCUGAGGUUUGCAUCCUCGUAUGCUCAAAAGCUUCCCGUAAAUAUAGCCAUGGGCAUGCCCAAGUGUGCGGCCCGCAAUGACUCGGAGCUUCUGGAUCUCGAGACCAGGCACCAGGUGCUUGCUAUGUAUUUGUGGCUGUCAAAUCACUUUGAAGAGGAAAGGUUUCCUUUUGUGAGGAAGGCCGAGACUAUGGCUACUGAUAUUGCGGAGCUACUGGCUGAGUCGCUUUUGAGGGCAAAUUGGAAGCCAGAAUCAAGAGGUGGGCUGAAACCCAAGACGCAAGAGAACGAGGAAAAUGGUUAUCAGAGACCUAUGUCACAAAUUAAAUUACUGGAAAAGAAAAGGCAAGAGAAAACUCAAAACGCACAUCAUCAAGAGGAAGUUACUGCAUGA